ACCCUUUCCAGAGCCUUGUGUUCUGGCGGCGGUGGUUGGCAGCUGCGAGCGGUGGUGAAGGGACAGUUCCAGCAGCCUCUGCUGGGGUGGGGACAGAAAGAAAACCUGCAGGUCGUAAUCCGAGCAGGGUGACUUCACCUUCAAGUGGGUGAGCUCUCCUGACCUCUCGGACUAGCUCCGCGCCAGUGCAGGCCGAGCCGAUCUGCCCGCUCCCGGCGGGGUCGCCGAGCGCCGGCUGGACCCGCCCCGAGCUCCAUGGUUUGCCCAGCCCUGCGCGAUGGUGACUCUGGGCGCGGAGGUUGGCGCGGGGCGAGCCCGCGGCUCGCAGAAUGAAGGCGGGGAGCUCAGCCGGCGGCCGACGGGGCUCGUCUCCGCGACCCCAGUGCCCAGAGAAGCGGCCCAACCACCUGAACCCGAAAAACGCCAACAAGUAGUUUCUCCUUGGAGCAAGGCGGCUCGGCUGGGUGUCGGGACUCAGCCUGGCUGCUCGGAGAACCUCGUCUACUCGGAAACCAAAGCAGAACCACUUUUCUCUCGGUCUCGUUAAGUCAUGUCUGAGCCACAGAGAUGGGCAAGAUCGAGAACAACGAGAGGGUGAUCCUCAAUGUUGGGGGCACCCGGCACGAAACCUACCGCAGCACCCUCAAGACCCUGCCCGGGACGCGCCUGGCCCUCCUCGCCUCCUCCGAGCCCCAGGGCGACUGCCUGACGGCGGCGGGCGACAAGCUGCAGUCCUCGCCGCCUCCACUCUCACCGCUGCCGCGUCCGCCCCCGCGGUCCCCUGGCCCCGGCGGCUGCUUCGAGGGCGGCGCGGGCAACUGCAGCCCCCGAGGCGGCGGCAGUGACCACCCCGGGGGCGGCCGCGAGUUCUUCUUCGACCGGCACCCGGGCGUCUUUGCCUAUGUGCUCAACUACUACCGCACCGGCAAGCUGCACUGCCCCGCCGACGUGUGCGGGCCGCUCUUCGAGGAGGAGCUGGCCUUCUGGGGCAUCGACGAGACGGACGUGGAGCCUUGCUGCUGGAUGACCUACAGGCAGCACCGCGACGCCGAAGAGGCUCUCGACAUCUUCGAGACCCCCGACCUCAUCGGCGGCGACCCUGGCGACGACGAAGACCUGGCGGCCAAGAGGCUGGGCAUCGAGGACGCCGCGGGCCUGGGCGGCCCCGACGGGAAGUCUGGCCGCUGGAGGAGGCUGCAGCCCCGCAUGUGGGCGCUCUUCGAGGACCCCUACUCGUCCAGAGCCGCCAGGUUUAUUGCUUUUGCUUCUUUAUUCUUCAUCCUGGUUUCAAUCACGACAUUUUGCCUGGAGACACAUGAAGCUUUCAAUAUUGUUAAAAACAAGACAGAACCAGUCAUCAAUGGCACAAGUGUUGUUCUACAGUAUGAAAUCGAAACGGAUCCCGCCUUGACGUAUGUAGAAGGAGUGUGUGUGGUGUGGUUUACUUUUGAAUUUUUAGUCCGUAUUGUUUUUUCCCCCAAUAAACUUGAAUUCAUCAAAAAUCUCUUGAAUAUCAUUGACUUUGUGGCCAUCCUGCCUUUCUAUUUAGAGGUGGGACUCAGUGGGCUGUCAUCCAAAGCUGCUAAAGAUGUGCUUGGCUUCCUCAGGGUGGUAAGGUUUGUGAGGAUCCUGAGAAUCUUCAAGCUCACCCGCCAUUUUGUAGGUCUGAGAGUUCUUGGACACACUCUUCGAGCUAGUACUAAUGAAUUUUUGCUGCUGAUAAUCUUCCUGGCACUAGGAGUUUUGAUAUUUGCUACCAUGAUCUACUAUGCUGAGAGAGUAGGAGCGCAACCUAAUGACCCUUCUGCUAGCGAGCAUACGCAGUUCAAAAACAUUCCUAUUGGGUUCUGGUGGGCUGUGGUGACCAUGACAACCUUGGGCUAUGGAGAUAUGUACCCUCAGACGUGGUCAGGGAUGCUGGUGGGAGCCCUGUGUGCUCUGGCUGGAGUGCUCACAAUAGCCAUGCCUGUGCCUGUCAUUGUCAACAAUUUUGGAAUGUACUACUCUUUGGCCAUGGCGAAGCAGAAACUUCCAAGGAAAAGAAAGAAGCACAUCCCUCCUGCCUCUCAGGCAAGCUCACCUACUUUUUGCAAGACAGAAUUAAAUAUGGCCUGCAAUAGCACACAGGGUGACACGUGUCUAGGUAAAGACAGUCGACUUCUGGAACAUAACAGAUCAGUGUUAUCAGGCGACGACAGUACAGGAAGUGAGCCGCCAUUAUCACCCCCAGAAAGGCUCCCCAUCAGACGUUCUAGUACCAGAGACAAAAACAGAAGAGGGGAAACGUGUUUCCUACUGACGACAGGUGAUUACACGUGUGCUUCUGAUGGAGGCAUCAGGAAAGGAUAUGAAAAAUCCCGAAGCUUAAACAACAUAGCGGGCUUGGCAGGCAAUGCUCUGAGGCUCUCUCCAGUAACAUCACCCUACAACUCUCCUUGUCCUCUGAGGCGCUCUCGAUCUCCUAUCCCAUCUAUCUUGUAAACCAAACUGCAUCAGUCGGCUAAAUUGUAUUAAUUCAAGUACUGUUUACCCCAUAAUGGAAGCAAUUAAACAUAGAGUUAUUCCAGGCUCCAUUAAUACAGUAAAAAUUCUGCAUGAUACUACUAUUUGAAGUCUGAAAUGCCAUUUGGGUAGCUAAUGAGUCUUAUCCUGGCUAUAAAAGUUAUUUAAAGUAGUGUUGCUACUACUUUUCCAUAGUAGCUGUCCUGAUCUCCUUCUGCAAUAAAAUGACAGAUAGUGUCAGCUAUUGACAGUACACAAAUACAUAAGCAUAACUUCAGGGAAAUAUAUUUAAAACUGUGCUUCCAAAUGCUAACUACUUCAUUGGACCUUCAUUUCUUGUGACUCUAAAUCAUUCUGAAGUUGUCUCGGAUCCUAUCUUGAUUGCACACAGUGACUUUGGUCAGCUCAUUUGCAUGGGCCAUCCUGUCUCUCACCUGAAAGCAAUGUCUCAGAGUUCGGGACUCUGGAUAGCUCGGGAUUUGUGUAUUUGCAUCGAUCCAUCCUGCUGGUAUGAAAGUGCUGGUCAACUGUUCUGCAUGUUGAAUUGUGGGGCAGGGAGGGUGAGUUUCUCCUUGGUUUUUUUUUUUUUUUUCCUUAACCUCUGAUCAAAAUAUUUACUAAACCGCUUAAUUUCUUGAUUAACUUAAUUUUAUGAAAAAUGUUGUAUUAGCGUUCUGAAUGUCUCUGGUUGUUUGCACACAGAUAACUGCAAAGAUGUUGUCAUUACUGGUUACACGCAAGCUGAAGCCAGAUCUCUUACUUAAUGACUUGGGGAAGGCACAAAACACGAGAGAAAGGUAACUGCCAGCCAGGCGUGCAUUGUUUAGCCAGGAAUUGCUGCUUGGUAAUAGCCUUUUUUUUUUUUUUAAAGUCCCAGAAUUUGUCAUCAUUUUCAGAGGCAGAAUGCCAAAUAUCACCCAAAACUCUCGUGUCUUUUACCCCCUUCUUUUAUUUUUAUUUCUUAAUUUUUGUGCCAAACAUCAAAGAACUUUGGUGUUCAUGAGAGGUUUUCUGGACCAGCCUUAAAUUUCGGACUCAUUAGACUAAUCAAAUUUUCAGGCAGUGUUUAAUCAGGUGCUUUGUCCUGUAUGUUGUUCUGUUUGUCUAUCUUAGUUCUCUGUCUUGACUGUAUGCCAUCUGUCUCCAUGAAGCACAAAAAUGCCUUGUUCAGGUGUUCACAAUUUUAGUAUUGGGUCUUCUGCCUUCAUUGCUAUUUAUAACAGCCUCUCUGCUUUAUGUAUAAAUUAAUAAUACUCUGUAGACUACCUAAGUGAAUUGGUACUGUGGACCUUUUUGAUAAGCAGGAUUAAAGUAGUUUUACAACAUCGCUGCAAUUGGAUGCCUGCUCCAGUGUCAGUUUCUACUACCUAGCAACCAGCAUUUAUCACUACACUCAAACAAAGCCCCUAAGGGGGUUUAUUCUGUCUAAGUGGAAGAAAUUCUGUUUACACAUCUCUAUGAAUGCAAUAGAAACAGCGUGUCUGGUGUGUCGGGCAUGGGAGGGAAGACAUUAACAAAUAAACAAUUUUUCUAAGGUAUACAGGAUCUGUGAGGUUGUUGAUUCAUUCCUAAUUCUCAUGUCUUUGUUAGGAAGACAAUUGUCACUUUUGCUGUUAGCACAUGCUGUGUAUUACUCUAGAUCCCCAAGUACUGGAGCAUGAUCUGCAUGUCAGAGAUCUUGUACAGCAGUGUCUCCACCCAGACAUACAUAUCUGAUGUUUAGAGAUUCAGUGAUCUUUGUGAUAACAAUACACAUAGAAAGUUAUAAUUAAACACAUCUUUAUCGUAAAGGAAUUAAUGUACUGUCUGGUGCUGCUGUUAUUGACUGCAGUGUUAUACAGAAUUUAUCAUGGAUUUUUGGCUGCUGAAAAAGGGACAGUGGAAUUUAGCCACACCAAGGACUGUCCCGGAAACAGACUUCUGCUGCUGAACUUGCCCUGCGGUGACCAGGUUGCCCUGGGAAGAGGUCCCCGCAACGUCAAGAGUCACUUAAAGUUUUUAAAAGAACUGUGACUGGAACUCAUUUGGUGCUGCCAUCUGAGUGGUCUGCUUUUGGACUGGCUGUGUCCAUGAAACAGUUGUAAAUACCACCGUGUGUGCAUGGGUCAACAGCUUUGGCCAGCUCACAUCCAAGGAAGCCACGCUCACAAUCAGCAUCUCGGAAGCUUCCGAUGAGGCCCAUAUUUCUGUGAGUUACCCUUCAUGGGCCCGCAGUAGAUUGUGCUGUAAAUCACGCAAGGCAGUGACAGUGGUGUAGUAUAGGUCUCUUUUAAUUUCCCUGGUUUCUCCCUUACUGUUUGAAUCCAUGAACAUUGAUUGUAUCAUUUUGUCAUAAACAAGUUAUUAGCUUGUCAUGUUAUGUUGUAAACUUUUCAGUGCCUAUUAUGAAAACUGUCAUAUUUUUAAUCAUAUCUUUGUUUAGUUCUGGAAAAUCAUGACCAAAAAAAAUAUUCACCGACAUUAUUCAUACUUUAAGUCUUCUAUCAUUGUUACCUCAAUUAUAAAUAUAAAAAAAUCUGGAAUGAGAAUAUUUUUUUAUUGAUCAAGGAGAAGUGUCAGCAUAUAGUAGAAUCUUAAAUUAUAUCUUCAAAUGUAUAUUUUGCAUAAAAGAGAUAUUCUUCAAUCACUUUUUUGUGAGUUUUGUGACAAAUUAAGCUUGUACUUGUCUUUAAAAUUGUUGCCGCUGAAACUGUCUAAGAAUUCUUCGCCAUGCUUAAUCACUGUUUCCAGAAUCUAUUACUUCCCCUGGGAUUCUGAAUAUAAUGUAUAUCUUAACUAUGAACCCCUGUAUCGUGGACCUUUUGUGAAUAUUUCAAGGUGCAUGCACAACCUUGGAGAUAACAUGGAACUGUAACUAACUGAAAUGAAGAAUAAAAGGCAAAUGAGCUGGGGAUUAACUUGAAUCCUACGUGAUUAAAUUAUU